AUGUACGAAGGAAUCGUCGACGAAUUCACUUUAAUGCUUCCGAACGCCGGGAUUCUACCAUUUGACAGUGCUAGUGAGCUUGAUGCGAUCUACGAACGGGUUUUUCCAUUCAACCGCGCCAGUUACAAUCCAUAUUUUAAGAAUGGCAAUUGGUUCGCGGCUGCGAUAAAGCGCCGGAGGAGCGCAGAGAUCAAGGCUUCAAGAACAAUUUCUCUAGACAUAUCCUGUGAUCUGGAUCUUCCCAUUGAGCUUCUUCUCGAGGUCCGUCCUGACGUCUCAGAAUCUCACCUGAUCAACAUAUUGAUUGAGCGACCUGCCACCCAGAUCUUUGAAUUCCUCCAUCCUAUCGACCUUUAUUCCGUAGUACGCUCAACGAAGAGGCUGAGGAGUAUACUCUUGGAUCGGAGGGCGUUGUCCGUCUGGAAGGAAGCAUUUAAGAGGUGUUCUGAUGUUCUCCCGCCAUGUCCUAUGGACAUCUCUGAACCGCGAUGGGCUUCGAUGCUGUUUGGCCCGGCCACGUGUGAUGUAGGCUGUUUCACCAUCGUGUCCAAAAAUGCUGAGUGUUGGGACAGUAUUGCGGGCGGAAGGUUCUGUAUGGAUGAUAUGUUUUACCCAAAUAUUUGGGACUAUGGCAAGGAGCCAAGAUAUCUGACGUGGGAUAUCAGCAAGAUGACUGCGCACUUUAUCUUUUUCAACUCGAGUAUAUCUUCUGGUAUCCCCGGUGCAUCCCUAGAAUUUGAGAAUUUUAAAUCCUUGGAAAUUGCCAACACGAUACAUGGCCUUGAGGUGAUAUACGGCAUUCUCCAUCAAAUGCACUCCGCUAAUGUCAACGGACAGGAAUCAAAGAGGGCCAAUGAACUUAUGGUUCAGAUGAGCAAUCAAGUUACGGAUGAACACGAGGAUAACAUGAAGCAAUUGAUUAAACGACAUGCUUCUGUCCUUUUACAACGCGGUCACGAUCAAGUGGAUCUAGAUGCCGCACGAGGCGAGCUUCUUAAGCGAUAUGUAUUCAGAGAAAGAUUCCAAUUUAACUAUCGCUUUUACAAGCAGCUUGCUCUUCAACUGCUACGAACUUCCGAGGCCCACAAGAUUGAUAGACUGGAAAGACAGCGACGGUCUUUGAUUUUUCAAAGGCAGAAGUUAGUGGGUGACCUAUAUUGCACUCAUCAAAAGACACUUCCUCCAAGAUCGUGGCCAAAUUUGCCAAACAUGGAGGCAAUCUAUGAACUCGAGCCAUUUGCGGCUUUCAUUGCAUCGGAGUCAAAUGAAGUUGGAGAGCUCCCAGAGGAACCAGUACAAAGUCACCUGGCACCUUUCCUCAAUUAUUGGAUGCAGAUGCAUGAAAGCAAUAUGUAUGCCAGGCUAGAAUCGCCGUAUGAGAACUUGGACCUCGCUGUAAAUGUCUUCGUCUGCGCCUCUUGCGAAGGUCACUGGAUCAGUCGCCCCACUUCGAUCUUGAUCAGCUUGAAAGACCUGCGCUCUCAUUUUAAAUGUAUUCGUCCACAGUUCGAGUUUCGAUUUAGCUUUGCAGGCAGAGCCUGCGCACUCGCGUUAGUUGAUCUUCUGGAUAUGGAUCCGAAAACAGCGACAGUCAAUAUUCUGGAUGCGAGGGACGCGCGGUUUUUCUGCAAGGGAUGCAACAUUUCUUGGAAGCGAGGAAUUUCUCAUGUCAUUGAGAUGCAGAACACGGAUUCCCACCGCUCCGUUACGUCUUGGGCACUUCUAACUGCAGAAGCUACGGAAUGCAUCAAAAGACGUGAACAACCUUUCCCGAGUCCAGAGAACCCUGUCUGGUGUUGUAACCACUGUCCUGAGCACUAUAAUGAAGCAACAACAAAGGUGAAAGUGCUUCGCCACGCCAAAGACGUGGUUUUCAGCCAUUCCAUUAAACGCGCUCGCGUCGACGUUGAUGUGAUAUACGACAGGCGAAAGCUCCAUCUGAAUCACCGCAAGCCUUUUUGUGUCGGACUCGAACCACCAGAGAUUCAUCAAUGUGGAAGAUGCCCAGACACAAUCAACCGUCUCUGGCAGAUCGACCGCCUGAAACCUCAUUUGCUCGAUAACACUCAUUUACGGACAUUGUUACCAUCAAACGCGCGACUCGGAGACCGUGUUGUUUUCAACGAAGGGACUGGCCAAGAGAUUCUAAAAUUCGUAGUAGAAGCGCUGUUGUUAAAACAGCCUCAGCAGGGAGGACCCAAAUUCCAGUACUUCAGACAGAGAGGCCAUAUGCUAUUGACAGUGGAGCGUUAUGUGGGGGGAAAGCGCGCCGCAUAUCCUAAGUUGAUGGGUAUGAGAGAAAAGAAAUUGUUGCACUCUGAAACACAGACGAGAAGUACAGACGAGAAGUAG